AUGAGGAAGGUCACAGAACGAGAAGAGUCUCACAGUAGGUACUCUGUAUCCACGCCAGAGUACCCACUAGCAACCGUUCCCGUACCCUACCAGUAUAAGAUAGAGAAGACCAUAUCGCGGGAUGAGGCGUCGACGUUUCUGCUGGGGUCGCUCGGGCACGAGCCACCUUCGCUCAAGCGGCGGCAGGACUCAGAGGAGCCGGACCUGUGCGAAGCGUCGUCGCACAAGCGCAGCAAGACGGAUGCGGACGAGUUGACACCGAACUCGGGCUUCGAGCAGCUGGGAUACCUCAAGGGGGGGGACGCAGGCGGCAGCGGGGGGGCGGCGGACGUGCAGCGCGCGGACGCGGACGCGGAGCGCGCUGCGUCGGACGCGGAUCGCGCGGACGCGGCGUGCGCGGAGGGUGCGCAGCGGGACGGCGAGGCCGAGCUGCACGACACAACACUGUCUGCGGACGAGGGCGCGGCGACCGGGCUGGGCGCACUCGUGGGGGCGGUGGUGGAAGAGGCGCUUCCCAUCUCGCCGUUGGCAUCGCCGGGCUACACGCCGCCGUUCAGCGGCCUGCAGGGGGGAGUGGAGGCGGGCAACAGCCUGGUCGCGCACCGGAGCUCGCUGACGCUGCAGGACACCAUGCAGAACAUCGCGACGAACGCUUUUCUGCAGCUCCCACACUCGGCGUUCAAGAACUUGGUGUUUCAGCUCUUGUCCAAAUUGAACCGCAGCGAGCUUUCAGACCUCUCCACAUACCUAAAGGAUCACUUGAAGCGAGACUUCUUGCAAUACUUACCUAUGGAGGUAUCCAUGAAUAUCUUAAACAACUUGGAUUUUGAAGACAUAUGCUCCUGUCUUCUGGUAAACAGGACAUGGAAUAACCUCAUUAGGAACAGUCCCUACUUGUGGAAGCACAUGAUGCUAAGCGAGGGAUUUGUGACCGAAGACUGCUUCUCUUCCUACUGCGAUAGUAUACCGGAAAAGCACCGUCAUUUACCCAACCCGAGCGAUCGCUUCCGGUUGGAUUUUCUAGAAAAUAGAUGGCUCUUGGAAAACUGGUGUAACCCGUGUUAUAGACCAGGCAGGACAUGCCUAGAUGGUCACAGGACCAAGGUGGUGACUUGCUUUCAGUUUGAGGGGAACUAUAUUAUCACCGGCGCCGACGAUAAAAGAAUAAAUGUUUACGAUGCUGAUAGAGAACAGUUCAAAUUAGAGCUCGUUGGCCACGAAGGUGGCGUAUGGGCCCUGAAAUACGCUGGCGAUGAAAUACUUGUGAGUGGCUCCACGGACCGGACAGUCAGAAUUUGGAAUGUAAAGGCCGGUAAGUGCACUCACGUCUUUAGGGGCCAUACCUCUACCGUGCGCUGUUUGGAUGUCGUUGAACAUGGCGGCAUCAAGUAUGUCGUAACAGGCUCGCGGGAUAAUACCUUGCAUGUCUGGAAACUUCCAGAUCCUAAUUCGCCGGACUACAAUCCCAAUGCAAUGAGGCAAUUCAACAGCAUAGAAGAUAACCCCUUCUUUGUGGGUGUUCUUAGGGGCCACAUGGCCUCCGUUCGCACGGUUUCCGGCCAUGGAAAUAUAGUGGUGAGUGGGUCGUAUGACCAUAACCUGAUGGUGUGGGACAUUGCAAAGAUGAAACUCCUCUAUGUCUUGACUGGGCAUACAGACAGGAUAUAUUCUACAUUGUAUGAUCACAAGCGCAAGCGGUGCAUAUCUGCAAGUAUGGAUACAACCGUUAAGGUCUGGGAUCUUUCUGACAUCAACAAUAAUGGACCGGUUUCACAGAUUAAUUCUACCUCUGCAUUGAAGGUUUCCGGCUCCGUGCGCACCCUCUGCGGCCAUACAGCUCUUGUCGGGCUUCUCGGGUUAUCUGAUAAAUAUUUGGUCAGCGCAGCCGCAGACGGCUCACUUCGCGGGUGGGACGCCUCAGACUACUCAAAACGUUUUUCUUUUCACCACACCAACCAGAGUGCCAUAACCACUUUCUUUGUCUCGGACAACAUUUUAGUGAGCGGCUCGGAACACCAGUUUAAUAUCUACGACCUCCGGACCGGAAGAUUGGUACAUAGACACUUGCUAAAUGAUGCAGCACAAAUCUGGGGGGUUAAAUUCAACAACAGAAAAUUGGUGGUUGCAGUUGAGUCGGAAGACCACAGCUACGUGGAGAUAUUGGACUUUGGCUCCAGAAAUAGGCCCGUGACUUAUAUGUCGAUGAGGUCCCCGCCCUCCACGUCCAAUAGCUACUGGAAUCAACGUGGCGAUCCAACCGCCUCUAGCUAG